AUGAUGAAGAUGAGAAUGAUGCACUUUCUGCUGGUUGCUUUGGUGGUGGGCUUUGUGGAUUCUGCAAGACCAGGAAGUUGUGUGGGCCGUUGUGGUGAGGCCUUCUCCAGGGGACAGCCUUGCAGUUGUGACCUGCGGUGUGCAGCUCACAAUGAGUGCUGCCAGGACUUCCAGCCUGUGUGCACCAUAGCUCAGUCCUGCAAAGGGCGCUGUGGUGAGCCUUUCACUCGUGGACGGUUGUGUAACUGUGACCCUCAGUGUGUCCAGUUCAACACCUGCUGCCCUGACUUUCAGCUACAAUGUGAUUCCAGAUUAUCGCAGCAGAAAGGGAAUGUUCUUCCAAAAGGCACAACUAGAGGUACUCCUCGCCUAUAUGGCAGGCGGUGGUCAAACAGUGAAAGUGAGGAGAGGCUUUUGUUAACACGGCACCCUUGUAAACCAGGGGCUAAGUGUGUUGUAGCCUCACCUUCAAGACCAGUUGCACAAACAACACUGAUACAAGCUCAUGUCCCUGUUCGGCCAGUCUACCCUCCUCCUCCUCCUCCAAGACCGGCAGGAAAAGUGGACUUCCAUCUUGUCCUGUCUCACGCUGGACUGUCAGUGGCCAGACAAAACCCAGCUUUGGUUGUCCCACCGGUUUUAAGGCCGAGACCAAACCCUCUUCAUGAACUGGCUGCAGCCCUGGGGUGGUCUCUGCUGCCCGAGAGAGGGUUGGUGGGGGACUUGUGCAGUGACGCUCCAUUCAAUGGACUGACCGCUCUCAGCAACGGGACGAUUGUAAUCUUCAAAGGCGAGUCGUUCUGGACAGUGGACCCUGUGACCCACUACAUCAGUCAGCCCUACAGCAUCUCCAAAACUCUGGGCGUCCCUUCUUACAUCGACACCGUGUUCACUCGAAGCAACUGUCAGGCUAAUGUCUACAUCGUUAAGGGGAACCUUUACUGGCGUUUGGACAGAAACCUGGUUCUUGAGGCAGGAUAUCCCAAACCUCUUUCCCACGAGUUUCCAGGACUAACGCCGGGACUCACUGCGGCUCUGUCAGUUCCUGGCACCGUGAGCCGAGCAGAGACGGUCUACUUCUUCAGGAGAGGUGAAAUCAUGCAGCGUUUCACAUUCCCGUCAACAAAUAUUCCUGCAUGUAGCAUCACUCCAAGAGAGAUUAUGAGGACAGAGGUGCUGCUGAGUCAGGAGAUCCAUAUUAAGGUGUCUAUGAAAGGUUUCCCAGUCCCCAUCACCUCUGCCCUGACGGCCCCUGUCCCGCUGAAGGCUGACCUAUACGAGCACUAUGUCUUCACUGGACCUCUGUUCUUCAGUGUGUCGGUGGUUGAAGAGCUGCCCGCCCUGGUUGGACCGCAUCAUCCUCCUCCGGUGGUCCUGAGUCUCCCCGUCACCGUGGAGACCAGUGUCACCGAUGUCAUCACAGUGAUUAAGGAUCCUCCUCUUCCAGAGAACUCGCUCAGAGUCUGGCUUCAGUGUCCUGCCUAA